GGUUCAGUUGCUGUUCGCACGCUGGGCCCCGUUGGUGUGUUACUCGGCCUUGUCUCGAGUUUCGAAACGAUUUCCAAAAUACCCAACGUUUACACCAACUCACGCGACAACGAACGAGAAAGAAAAGCGCGGAGAGAAAGAGAGUAAGUUUGAUGUAUCGCAUCAGACAUUAACUCUCAAAACGACGCUAUACGUUUUCUUAUUAUUCUUAUCCUUUCCCUCUCUUUCUUAUCUCUCGUCCUAGCACGUUAACGAGGAUCGAAACAAAUUCGAAACGCGAUUAACGGACAAACGGUGACGCAGUGUGAGGUGUGUAUACAAUCGGUAAUUUUUCACUGAAAUAAACCAGGAGAAAAAGAAGAAAUCAGUUACGACUAAAGAAAGGUUUUGAGCAAGGAAGAAAAAAAGUCAAUCGGCCAAUAAGCGCGAGCUUCCCGCGCUAUUGGCUCGUGGGAAACAAUCACGGAAUCUGUCAGUACGGAUUUUGUCAGUUUUCGGCGUGGAUUAUCGGAAAGAGCUUGCAAGCCGACAGUGCUGAUUGAAAAAAGGAAUACGGUAAUCGACAAUGGCGGUAUUCGGAUUGGUCUCGGCUGUGGCCGGGUUCGUCAAGGUACGGUACUUAGUGGACAAGGCAGUCAUCGAUAACAUGGUGUUCAGGGCGCACUACAGGAUUACCUCCGCGAUCCUGUUUGCCUGUUGUAUUCUCGUAUGUGCUAAUAAUCUAAUAGGUGAUCCGAUAAACUGCCUGAGCGAUGGAGGGGUGCCGGAGAAUGUGAUAAACACAUACUGUUGGAUCACGUACACGUUCACGUUGCCGCACAACAAUGCAAAACCGGUGGGCACUCAUGUGGCACACCCGGGGCUCGGCGGUGACAUUGGGGAAAAGAGGUAUCACUCGUACUAUCAGUGGGUGCCGUUCAUGCUCUUCUUCCAAGGUAUUCUAUUCUACAUGCCCCAUUGGAUAUGGAAGCAGUGGGAGGAGGGCAAGGUCAGAAUGAUAUCCGAGGGCAUGAGGGGAGCUCUGCUCGAUAACAAGCCGGAGAGGCAGGCAAAGUCACAACGGUUGGCCAAAUACAUCUCCGACACGUUGCACCUGCACAAUACUUACGCGGCUGGAUACUUCUUCUGCGAGGCCCUCAACUUUGUCAACGUGGUUGGGAAUAUAUUUUUCAUCGACACGUUUCUCGGCGGCGCGUUCCUGUCGUACGGCACCGAUGUGCUCAAGUUCAGCAAUAUGAAUCAAGAGCAACGCAGCGAUCCCAUGGUUGAAGUAUUCCCGCGUGUCACCAAGUGCACGUUCCAUAAAUUCGGCGCUUCUGGAACCAUUCAAAAGUUCGAUGCCCUCUGCGUGCUCGCCCUGAACAUUCUCAACGAGAAGAUAUACAUCUUCCUUUGGUUCUGGUUCAUCAUUCUGGCCGUGUUGUCAGGCAUCGCCCUGCUCUACAGCAUGGCGGUCGUCUUAUUGCCAAGCACGCGAGAAACCAUUCUAAGAAAACGAUUCAAAUUCGGCACACCUGCUGGUGUCAGCGCUCUCAUUAGAGAAACGCAGGUCGGCGACUUCCUGUUGCUUCAUCUGUUAGGCCAGAACAUGAAUAUAAUGAUGUUCAACGAAGUGUUGGACGAGCUGUGCCGCCAGUUGAAUCUGGGAUCGACAAGCGGAGCAUCACCAACAUCGGUUCCGUCGGCGCCCAGCACCCUCGAGAUGUCGCCCAUCUAUCCCGAGAUCGAGAAAUACGCGAAAGACACGGAGAUUUAAAUUAGAUCCUAAUUUACGCAUCCUUACGAUCUUAUUUCUGCCUUUUAUCUUGCAUUGUGAUAACGCCGAAGGUGUCUUUCGACAUCUUCGGUUUUCUUUUUUUUCUCCUCGUUUGUGCUAUCGACAGUCGUGAAAGGAAAAAAAAGUUUAAUUUAACACGGGACGCAUACACACACACACACAAAGAGAGAGCAGAAACGAGAUCUUGCCGCCAUUUUAUUCUCCAACCGAUGUAUCAACGCACGAGAUAAAAAAAACUUGCCGUCCGGAAGAUAUGCCGAUAAGCAAUUAAAUUAAUCUGCCAUAACAAUGUGUAUAUUGGAAACCGCGUCUCUCUACGCUAUCUGUAGCACAAACCAACGAGAGUUGUUAGAUUAUCGAACGAAGCGUGUAACGUGAAACGAUAAUAAUACGACGACGCUUUCGCCUCGACACGUGUUAUCAUUAUAUCAUGUUCAUUUUCCGUUAAAUUGUAGGAAGCCGAAUUUCGCACGCACAAGCGUUCGUCGUCGAUUAUCUCCAAUGUUGCGUAAACGUUUCGUAUCCGCUUUGGCGGGAGCGCGGCGUCGAAGGCGUUGCAACAAUAACACCCGUGAAUGAUCGCUAUGGAAUUUCAAACGGCGCGCGAACGCGGGACGCAAUUCUUUUCUCCAACGAAAAUCAAUCGUUACGCGUAAAUGUUUGCAUCGAUCGUGUUCCUGGAUUCCUAUUUGCGUUUACACGUGCACAUUCCUUUUUGCAUUAAUUUGUUAACGUGUGUAUGUGUAUCGUGAUGAAACAAGUGCCUUUUUAGGAAGUGUGUUUAAGUUGCGUUUUCAUGUUUUCAUUUCAUGUCUUCUUUUUUUUUUUGAUCGCCGAUAGAGUACCGCAAUAUUAUUCGUUAAUUGAUAAUAAACCGACAAGUUAUAUAUACAUAUAUAUAUAUAUAUAUAUAUAUAUAUUAGGGCUACUUUCGAUUCGUAUUGUUUGUACGAAAAACAAGAACGUGGAAAGAAUCGUGGUGGUAUAUAUCGAACAAAUUAUUAUUUUGAAAUAAGCAUAGAGAAGAGACUGUAUAAGUUUUUCUAGAAGUGAUAAAAAUAAAUACGAAGAUGUUGAAAGAUUGAAAAUGGUCAAAAAAAGAGCAUUAUAUUUUUAUAUUUAAUUAUAAUAGGGUAAAAGUAUAUUAUUCGAUGCAUAUGUGAAUUUAUGCAGUCUUUGUUUCAGAAAAGUACCGUAUAUAUAUAUAUAUAUAUAUAUUCUGUUCUAUUCUGUAACCUAUAUAUGAAUGCAGAUAAGAACAAGCAUUUGUUCUUCGUGUCGUUUAGAUAUCUUUUCUUUUGUAUCUGCGUAUGACUGGUGCAAUUACCGUAACAAAGUUAGCGUGAAUAAUUUUAUAUUUUAAAAAAAAAAAAAGGUUAUCAUAUAUAUAUCAAAUUUUGUUAAAUUUACACGUAAGGGGCAUUUCCCAAAUUAUUCAAAGCAAUGUUUAUCAAAUGAUUCUCUAUAAAAAGUUAAGGGUAUAUAUGUAAAUACAUAUAACGAUAUAUAUAGAAUCGACUUAAAAAAUAAGUAUGUAAUUUGAAUAUUUGAAUUUAUUCAAUUUUGAUGGGAUAUACCAUCGAGUUUAAUUUCUAUGUUAUACGCUUCUACUUACAAAUGAAAUUGUAUAAAAAAGAAAAAUUUAAAUCUGACAAAUUAGAAAUUAUAUAUCGAUGAAUGAUCCUUAGAAAAUAUUUGAUGUUAUUUUCAAUGUUACUGAAAUGCUUCGUUAAAAAAGGAACUUUCAGCUUCAAUGUUAUUAAAAUAGUUCUAUGUGUUAAAAGAACGAGUAUAUAUAUAUAUAGUUCCCCGAAAACGAAGCAUAAUAACGCUGACAUAUAUUUGCAACGUAGGAUCGUUGUUCAAUGCUCACAUUCAUUUUCACUCUCGCUAUCUAUUUCUCGAUUCGUUCACGAGAAUAAUAUAAUGCUGCCGAUAUGCAAUGAUAAUAACUUUAUGACUAUAUAUAUAUAUAUAUAUAUAUAUAGUUUAUCGUAGUUGGUGAAGUAUGUUACAUUGCUACUCUUAGUCACGUUUCAAGUGAUAGAUUAUUAUAUUAGAUAUUUAAGUUAAACGAGACAGAUGUGCCUUUUUUUAUAGUAUAUUAAAUAUUUUAGCGCUAGAAACUCAUCAAUAUUAAGUCAUGUUUAUAUAUAAAAUGCUCAUUUGUAACGAUUGCCGCCAGAAGUCAGUGUAAAGACUGCCAACAUCUUGCAACGUUAGAUGUAACAGGGAGCAAAUAGAGAAAUAUAACAAACAAAUUGUAGAAUAAAGAUAUUAUACUCUUUCUAUAAUGAUACAAUA